AUGGCCUCAACAAAUGACAUCCCCGCGGACGGAACAGGCGUCCUGGCACUCGAUCCGUGGUUGGAGCCGCAUCGUUCGGUACUGAAACAGCGCUACAGCGUGAUUGAAAACUGGAUCAAAACCCUCACCGACUCAGAGGGUGGUCUGGACAAGUUCAGCAAGGGUUACGAGACGUUCGGUCUUCAUGCACAGCCCAAUGGCGACAUCAGGUACCGGGAAUGGGCUCCGAACGCGGUGGAGGCCUCGCUGGUCGGUGAAUUCAACAACUGGGAUGCUCAGGCCAACCCUAUGACGAAAAACAGCUUUGGCGUCUGGGAAGUGACCAUUCCCGCAAAGAACGGCGCGUCGGCCAUUCCUCACCAAAGCAAGAUCAAGAUCACCAUGGUCCUCCCCAGCGGCGAGCGCAUCUACCGAAUUCCGGCAUGGAUCAAGCGGGUCGUCCAGGACCUGAAUGUCUCUCCCGAUUACGACGCUGUGUUCUGGAACCCACCCGCCAGCGAGCGAUACACCUUCAAGCAGUCUCGUCCCAAGAAGCCCGAGAGUCUACGAAUCUACGAGGCCCAUGUCGGGAUUUCCUCGCCCGAGACCCGCGUGGCAACCUACAAAGAGUUCACCAAGAACAUGCUGCCUCGCAUCAAAUAUCUGGGUUACAAUGCCAUUCAAUUGAUGGCCAUCAUGGAGCAUGCCUACUACGCCAGCUUCGGAUACCAGGUGAACAACUUCUUCGCAGCCAGCAGCCGAUAUGGAUCCCCGGAGGAUCUGAAGGAGUUGAUCGAUACCGCGCAUAGCAUGGGGCUGGUGGUGCUCCUCGAUGUAGUGCACAGUCACGCGUCUAAGAAUGUACUGGACGGCCUCAACAUGUUCGAUGGGUCUGAUCAUCUCUACUUCCAUGCGGGCGCCAAGGGCCGUCAUGAAUUGUGGGACAGCCGUCUGUUCAACUAUGGUCAUCACGAAGUUCUGCGGUUCCUGCUGAGCAAUCUGCGCUUCUGGAUGGAGGAGUACCAAUUCGAUGGUUUCCGCUUCGAUGGUGUCACCAGUAUGCUUUACACGCACCACGGCAUUGGAACUGGCUUCUCCGGUGGCUACCAUGAAUACUUUGGCCCUGGUGUCGACGAAGAAGGUCUGGCUUACCUGGCAAUUGCCAACACUAUGCUCCACGAUCUCUACCCCGAGUGUAUCACGGUGGCAGAGGACGUCUCUGGGAUGCCUGCCCUCUGCCUCCCACAUGCUCUGGGCGGAGUCGGAUUCGAUUAUCGACUGGCCAUGGCCGUUCCCGACAUGUACAUCAAGCUGCUGAAGGAAAAGUCCGACAGUGAGUGGGAUAUUGGGAAUCUUGCAUUUACUUUGACCAAUCGCCGUCAUGGCGAGAAGACCAUUGCCUAUGCCGAGAGUCACGACCAAGCAUUGGUUGGCGACAAGACUCUUAUGAUGUGGCUGUGUGACAAGGAAAUGUACACGCACAUGUCGGUCCUCACAGAAUUCACCCCUGUCAUCGAGCGCGGCAUGGCACUCCACAAGAUGAUCCGCCUCAUCACCCACGGACUCGGCGGCGAGGGCUAUCUCAACUUCGAGGGUAACGAAUUCGGUCACCCGGAGUGGCUCGACUUCCCCCGCGAAGGUAACGGCAAUUCAUUCUGGUACGCUCGUCGCCAGUUGAACCUCACCGAGGACAAUCUCCUCCGGUACAAGUUCCUCAAUGAGUUCGAUCGGGCCAUGCAGGUCACGGAGGAGAAGUAUGGCUGGCUCCACGCUCCUCAGGCCUAUGUGAGUCUGAAGAAUGAGAACGACAAGGUGCUCGUCUUUGAGCGGGCUGGUCUGCUGUGGAUCUUCAACUUGCAUCCCACAGAUAGCUUCACUGAUUAUCGCGUGGGUGUCGACGUCCCCGGUACCUACCGUAUUGUGCUGGACUCGGACGAUCCGGCUUACGGUGGUCUGGGCCGCAAUGUCAAGGAGACGAGAUUCUUUACGACGGAUAUGCCAUGGAAUGGACGCGCCAACUUUACGCAAGUGUAUAUUCCGACGAGAACUGCUCUGGUUCUUGCUCUCGAGAAUACUCUGUAA